AUGGGCAACCGAUCACAGCGCUCAAGAGUACAUGAUGGCGCAUUAAUAUUUCCAGAACCACUUUCGGAUCAAGAAAUAAGUCUUUCUCAAGCCAUGGAGUAUACUCAACGAAUUUAUCCAAGUCUUACACGACUCAUGUUUAACAACGGGGUUUGGAUUGAUGAAUGCGAGGCGCGGGAUGAAAAUACUGCUUCAUCAUCAACCACAACAAAUAAUAAUAAUCAUCAUGAUCAAACAAUUUCAAAACGAUCUGAACGAUCACAGUGUUGUUCAGCUGAAACAAUAAUUAGCCAGAAAUCUAAUUUUCAGAUCAUUCCCAUGGAACUUGUGAUCCAAAUCAUUGACUUCUUGGAUCAACAAGAGUUAUUAGCCUUUUCGAAAACCUGUAAAUUUAUUAGAAGCUACAUGCAAAACGACAUGUAUUUGUGGCCACAAACGGUGAGAAUACGAACUUUCAAACAACUCGUUCAAUAUUGCAAAAAACCUUGCCGAUAUUUCUUUCAUACCUCUUUUUAUUCCGAUAUUGGUCAAACAUUUAAUUACUACCAAGAUUUAAUUUUUCCAUUCUUGACGCUCCACAAGACCAUAAAGUUGGAGUUUAAAGACAUUGCUCAAUAUCCAAAUGGAGAGGAGAAGUGGGUACUUUAUUAUUCUGCAUCUCUCCCUUUUUGUCGCUUUAAUUGGACCAAAGGUGAAGAGCACAAGAUAGGUUCUGGGAGCACGCUUUUCUCCAAAACUUAUACAAUGGAACAAGAGGAUGGUGUGUAUGAAAUUGAUAUUUUGAAUAGUAUUUUACUGUUACUUUUUAAAAUGAGGAAAUACGUGAGAAGUAAGCGUAAUGACAAAAUCAUUCCCGAAUUUGUUAUACCCCAUUUGAGAUGUGCUAUUAGAGACGUGCGAAAUUUCUUUCAUUCUAACCACAGAUUAUUGCAACUGCUAAAGGCACGAGAGAAAGAAGAUCCUCAAAACGCUCCAUUAGAAAAAUUGGAAGAGGAUGAGACUGAUUUGCCUGUUCGUAUUGUGAACACAUUCAAAGGACUUAAGGAGGAUGAAUUAGGUCAUCCACCGCUUUAUUUUUGUGUUUUUUGUGGCUUUAAGAUUGGUGGCAUCACAUGCAGCAAUUGUUCCAAAUUACUGCUACUAGACUCGGUCUGUGAAGGUUCAUCAUCAUGUCCAUCCUGUAAGAAAGGUAUAACUAGACCCAAAUGUUGUCGACAACUCAUGCAAGCUCAGCAGAUGCCAUGGUCUAUAUCCGAGAGUCACGUAGCACCAUUGAUGAAAUGUAAAAAGUGUUCCUUUGGCGUGCAUGGAACCAGAUGCUUCACAUGCAUUACAACAACACACGAUACACCAACGAAUGGAACUACAUUGGAAUACAAUGGAUUUUUCAAGAGGGUUUGGGAUGCUGAUGUGUGGACAUGUCCAAACUCAUGUGCACGAAAAAAGCGAGGAGGACAAUAUUACGCAGGUACAUUAUCAUGCUCACACUGCAACGAAGACCUUAUUACUCUUUAA